GCAUGGGCCACCGAGUAGACUUGACCAAUGGAUCACAAAUCAGACAAUCCCCUACUUAAAUCGGGCGUGAAUCAGUCCAGCGGACCAAAUUCAUUCCAACCAUCACACAAUCAAAACCCUCAUUCCUCAAAAGAAAAUUACUAGUUCAGCCAUGGCUUCCAAUCCUCAAUCCUUCCGCCAAACCAUUGGUAUUCCUCGUUCGGCAGCCUCUGUCAAAGACUCCACUUUGAUUAUCAUCGACGCGCAAAAUGAAUAUGCCUCGGGCCACCUGAAGGUCGAACAUGUUGCCCAGAGCCGCAAAGUCAUCGCCGACCUACUGUCUCGGUAUCGCAACGGUGGUAACGGCUCCAAUAUCGUCCAUGUGGUCCACGAAGUGCCGGCUGGUGCCCCCGUGUUUACUCCGGGAACUGCGUUAGCACAAGAGUUCGAGGAGCUGACACCAAAGGCCGGUGAGAAAAUCGUCACUAAGAACUUCCCGAGUUCUUUCGCUCAGACCGAUCUCCACCAGUACCUGGGCAGCUUGGGAGAUCUGGGCAAGAAGAUUGUCCUGGUCGGGUAUAUGGCACACGUGUGUAUUUCCACUACCGCUAGAGCUGGCAAUGAAUUGGGCUACGAUGUGGUUAUUGUGAAGGAUGCGGUGGGCGAUCGUCAUAUCCCUGGUGUUGCGGCCGACCAGCUGGUGGCGGUGGCUCUCAACGAGUUGGCCGAUGCAUUUGGAACUGUUGUCUCUGCCGAGGAGAUUAGCUCUUAGGCGUGUCUUAUCAUGUAUGUCUUGUAUUGAGUAGAAAUACGACUUUUUUCUGCUUAUCUCUAUACUCUAUUACUAUGUGUUCUGAAGGAUAUCAAGAGGACGGCCUUUGAUUUGGUUCAUGUUAAAGGAAGUUGUACAACGAGUAAUAAC